CCUUCCUCCCCGUCCGAUCUGCAUCCGGCAGCAGCACAUAUGCACUCUCCAAUUCUUCAUCCAACGCAGCUCUAUCGAUCCACUUCGAUUUUUCCACCCCUCACCUUCAUCAUCUUGUACUCAUAAUCAAUCAUCUUGGUUCAUCUGAUCCUUGUGAAAACCUGGUAUUUACGGGUGCUGUUGGAUAGCGACGUCUCAGCCACGGUUAUCCCAUUUGUUGCAUUCAUGGAUCGAUGACGACGUUGCGUUGUUUGACUGACAUCGUUUCGAUCGUAAUGAUUGCUACUGAACCGGGCCGAUGCACGACCUGGAACCGCCACCGUUGUGGCAGCACGCCUCAGCUGUUGAGAUCAGUGGAUCGUGCGUUGGAGCCCUGCGGUCUAAUGUCUCGGAGCCCAACCAUCGCCCGGCCGCACGAGAACAAAUCGUUGCUAUCUAAGUAACGCUUGGAAUGGCAAGUGCAUUGGAGACCCUCUGCGGGCAGUCUUACGGCGCAAAACAGUACCACAUGCUGGGCAUUUAUCUGCAAAGAUCUUGGAUCGUCUUGUGCUCAUGUGCCUUCUUGUUGACGCCCGUCUUCAUUUUUACGACUCCGCUACUAAAGCUUAUUGGCCAAGAGGAAUCCAUCGCAGAGAUGGCUGGCACCGUGGCACAUUGGUUCAUUCCUGUCUUCUUCUCCUUUGUAUGGGGAUUCACACUUCAGAUGUAUCUCCAGGCGCAAAGCAAGAACGUCAUCAUCACAUAUUUGGCAGUCGCAACGCUCACUCUGCAUAUCUUCCUCUCAUGGUUUAUGGUUACGAAGCUUAACUUGGGACUUGCCGGCGUAAUGGGCUCGAUGAUCCUUGCAAUGUGGAUUCCUGUACUGGGUCAGCUUGCAUUUGUGUUUUUUGGAGGCUGCCCCGAAACUUGGACAGGUUUCUCUUUCAGUGCAUUCUUGGACCUUUGGGCGAUUGUUAAGCUCUCUCUAUCCUCCGGCGUCAUGCUUUGCUUGGAACUCUGGUACAACACCAUCUUGGUCCUCCUCACAGGUUAUAUGAAGAAUGCUGAGGUUGCCAUAGAUGCUCUUUCCAUCUGCCUCAACAUUAAUGGAUGGGAGAUGAUGAUAUCUGUUGGUUUCUUGUCAGCAGCAGGAGUUCGAGUGGCAAAUGAACUGGGCGCAGGGAGUGCCAAAGCGGCAAAGUUCGCUAUAGUCAAUGUGGUCAUCACAUCAUUUGUCAUUGGAUUUGUGUUCUUCCUGUUCUUUCUCAUUUUCCGAGGUAGACUUGCUUAUAUAUUCACCGAUGAUGCUGAAGUAGCUGGAGCAGUCGCUGACCUUUCUCCGCUGCUGGCCUUCUCCAUUUUGCUGAACAGCAUUCAACCUGUAAUUUCAGGUGUUGCCAUUGGUGCGGGCUGGCAAGGCAUGGUGGCUUUUGUAAACAUAGGAUGCUACUACUUGAUCGGCUUACCUUUGGGAAUUGUGCUUGGUUAUGCCUUUGAUAUGCAUGUCAAGGGGAUUUGGAUUGGAAUGUUGAUUGGAACAUGCAUCCAAACUAUAGUGCUUAUCUACAUUACUUGGAGGACUAACUGGGAUCAGCAGGUGCUAAUUGCUAAAGAUCGCCUCAGCAAAUGGUACAUGGAUAAAUCGAGGAAUUCGAACGAUGCUCGCGGAUCUGCAUGAUUCUGUUUUCUUUUAUUGCGUUCAUGAGGAACAAGGAGGAGAAGAAUUUGAGAUUUCUUUUGGUGGCAUGUUUGAUCAUCACAAAGCAAGUCUUCAUCCACCGGAACUCGAGCAAAUAAUGCUUGUUAUGCUAUUGAUGCAAAAAAUUGAUCUCCUAGAACAUUUUCACUGUAGAAAAGGAAUUAAGCAUUAAAAUCAUCAUUCAAAAUUUUAAUAUCAAAAUAUAAAAUUAAAUAAUAAUAAAUUCAAAUUUAUGAUGUGUAA